AUGACUCGCCUAAUCCACCCAGAUUCUUUCAAAUUAAUCUUUUUAGUUGUUGCUAGGGGGACAUUUUUGUCACACGAUACAACAUGGAAAAGGUCGCUGAGAGUGUGUGAUACUUUUUAUCAAAGACCUUUGACUGAGGAAGACUUUAUUUCAAAGAACAACACUUGGAUGGGGAAAGCUAAAUAUGUGAUUUCUUCGGGUGUCAUAACUUUGCAAAUUCAGAGGAUAGAAGAAAAUGAAACUUGUUCAGAUUGUGAUACUCAACACAAAAAUUGCCAGUUUUGCAUCAGUCGUCUACAGCUGAAUAAGAGUCGACCGUCCUUUGAGGAACUGAAAACUAAACUUAUACCAGGACAAAAGUAUAUCAUUGGAGACAGCUGGUAUAGCUAUGUGGAAGAAAUCCCUGUUCCAACCAAGUGUUUGCUAUAUAGAGGAGCUUCACAUACAGAAUACGUAUCCUGCAAUAAAAAUUUUAGUGAUGGAUGCAGCGAUUCCGAUGUGUCUUCAUACAAGGCUAUCGUUUACUUUGAAGAAAACAAUGAUGAAGGUAACACUACAUAUACUGUGUACAUCUGUUGAAUUUUCAUAUGAACACUGGAGAUAAAAAC